CUCUAUAUAGGGGGCUCAUCCAGGUGCCCAGAGCUAUCCUGUGGCAUCUCAGCAUGGCUCGUGCACUGGGAGUACCAGUUGCACUGGGGUUGUUGGGCCUGUGCUGGUCUCUGACCUUUGCCCACCCUCUUCCUCCGGAUGGUACCCCUGGGAACGGAGCUGAAGGUGGGAGUGGGGCCAGAGUGAACCCAGAUGUGACAGAACCCUGUUCGGAUGGCUGGAGCUUUGAUGCUACCACCCUGGAUGAACAUGGGGCCAUGCUCUUUUUUAAAGGGGAGUUCGUGUGGAAGAGUCACAAAUGGGUCCGGGAGUUAAUCUCAGAGAGGUGGAAGAAUUUCACCAGCCCUGUGGAUGCUGCAUUCCGCCGUGGUCACAACAGUGUCUUCCUGAUCAAGGGGGACAAAGUCUGGGUGUACCCUCCGGAGAAGAAAGAGAAAGGAUAUCCUAAGUUGCUCCAAGAAGAGUUUCCUGGAAUUCCAUCCCCAGUGGAUGCAGCUGUGGAAUGUCACCGUGGGGAAUGCCAAGAUGAGGGUGUCCUCUUCUUCCAAGGUAACCACACAUGGUUCUGGGACUUGACUACGGGAGCCACAAAGGAGCGUUCCUGGCCGGCUGUUGGGAACUGCUCCUCUGCCCUGCGAUGGCUCAGCCGCUACUACUGCUUCCGGGGUAACCAAUUCCUGCGCUUCAACCCCGUCACGGGAGAGGUGCUUCCAAAGUACCCUCUGGAUGUUCGAGACUACUUCAUACCCUGCCCUGGCAGAGGCCAUGGACACAGGAAUGGGACAGGCCAUGGGAAUGGUACCCACCCUGGCCAUAGGGAUGUGCGCUGUGGCCCAGAUCUAGUCUUAUCUGCACUGCUGACUGACAACCAUGGUGCCACGUAUGCCUUUAGUGGGUCCCACUACUGGCGUCUGGACACCAGCCGUGAUGGGUGGCACAGCUGGCCCAUUGUCCAUCAGUGGCCCCAGGGUCCUUCAACAGUGGAUGCUGCCUUUUCCUGGGAUGAUAAACUUUACCUGAUCCAGGGCACUCAGAUAUAUAUCUUCUUGACUAAAGGAGGCUAUACUCUAGUAGAUGGUUAUCCAAAGAGGCUGGAGAAGGAAUUUGGGAGCCCUCAUGGGAUCAACCUUGAGGCUGUAGAUGCAGCCUUUACUUGUCCUGGGUCUUCUCGGCUCCACAUUAUGGCAGGACGGAAGCUGUGGUGGCUGGACCUGAAGUUAGGAGCCCAAGCCACAUGGACGGAGCUUCCUUGGCCCCAUGAGAAGGUUGAUGGGGCCCUGUGUGUGGAAAAGUCCCUUGGCCCCAACUCAUGUUCUGCCAACGGCCCUGGCUUGUACCUCAUCCAUGGCCCCAAUAUGUACUGCUACAGUGAUGUGGAGAAACUGAACACAGCCAAGACCCUACCCCAGCCCCUGAGAGUGGACAGCCUCCUGGGCUGCAGUCAUUGAGAGGAGGGCUCUUGACAUGAGUCUGGCAUAGCCCCUUCUGCCUAUUUUCUUUACAAUAAAGCCAGAGUGCUGCUUUGCUGGACUCAAGGGG